AUGGCGACGGCGCACCUGAGCAGGGCCCUUGACCUUCAAAUGUUUCAACCAGGGGGCAUAAGGAAGCCAGCUCGACACAAUGGGGACGCAGUUUUCGGGCCAGCCCUUUGUUCCGAGGUUGCUAACACUUCUUUCAAGCAAAGUAAAGUGUGCAUGGUCUGUCGGGGGUGGUCGAAUGCGCCGGGGGCGGACACCAGCUUGCGGAAACAGACCACCCGGCGAAGAAUCCUUGAAGGCUUGGAACACCGGCGAGCAGAGUCGGUGCGGACAGGCAUCUGGGAUUCAAUUAGAUCUGGGAUUAUGGGCAACACAGCGACACCAGUAGCAGAAGCAGUGGAAGACGAUGAAGAAGAGGAGGAGGAGGAAGUGCCUUUGGAAAAUACAGAGGUGGUCCUAAUAGAGAACGUUCAAGAUGACGGGACGGUGGCGCGCAUUGUCUUCACGUCAGGGGGGGAGGUGGAUGUGUACGAGUUGGAAAAGUUGUGCGACAAGGUUGGCUGGCCCCGACGACCCCCCCAGAAAGUGGCCGCCGCUCUUAGAAAUAGUUACAUGGUUGCCUCUCUACAUCUAGCGACAAGGCAACCCUUAGCAGAAGAUGGCGCGGAGCCUGAGGAGAAGCGGGAGCUCAUCGGUCUCGCGAGGGCGACGUCGGACCAUGCGUUCAAUGCGACGAUAUGGGACGUCUUAGUGGAUCCCAUCUAUCAGGGCCAAGGUUUGGGCAAGGCACUCGUGGAGCAGAUGGUGCGCGCGCUCCUGCGGCGGGACAUUGGCAACAUCACCCUGUUUGCCGAUGCAAAUGUUGUCGAUUUUUACAAGGGGCUUGGAUUUGAGUCCGAUCCCGAAGGUAUCAAAGGAAUGUUCUGGUACCCCAGGUUUUAGCACUGGCAAUUUCCACCGACAGCUCAUUUGCUGGCACUACCGAGGCAGGUCUCGACGGACCUUGAAAUACUUUGAGUGACAGGUCUCCAGUUCGCUACAUCCUGCAAGAAACAUCAUUUGCUAAACCAAAGACGCAAAAGGAUGCUUUACGUUAC